AAAUACAAAGAGAGGUUCAUGGCUAAUAAAGUCGGAUUCAUCACUUCAGUCGCGUAUUUGUUUCCAAAGUGGUCGGUAGUAACAGUGCGCAUGCGCAACGGCUCCUCUUAGCAUACACAAUAACGGAUUAACUACUCAUUGAUAAACGGCAAUAUACGCGUACAAAUAGCGCAGAGAAAGAAAGAAAUCAAAAUAGCCUCUCCAUCUCCAUGCACAAACAUUGAAAAAGUGAAUAAACCAGCAUGUGCUUCAUCGGCUUUCUUGAUUCCAGCUGUGGUGUGGGGCAUUAAGCGCCCAUACCUCAAAAUAUUUUGUUAAUACAAUAGUUUGUGUGUGUGUGUGUACUGCCUGUGGCCAAAGAGAGUUGCAGAGUUUUAAUAACACUCUCUACUUCUUCUUCUUGCCAUUCUGAGCUAAGAAAAAGAGGUCGACUACGAACAAAUUAAAGAAGAAGCGGCACAACCAUUUAUUCGGCCAAGUAGGCAUCAUUAUGACAUUCCGCUGUCAUUAUGUAAUCUAAUACAAUCCAGAGCAUUGUUUUUGAAUACCCCUGACAAAGAAAGCAACAACAGCGAAAAACAACAAAAUUAUAAAAAUAUAUGUAAAGAAACUCAAACAGGUGGCGUGUGUGUUAAAAAAAAAUAAAUAGCAUAAAAAAUAUACAUAUGUGAAUGAAACUGAAAAAACUAUAAAUAUUUUAUUUGUGAAUUCCUCCUCCAAAGCAAAUGCCUUACUAAAAAAUCAUGUCCACUUCAAAAGACUGCACUUGCCAAGAGCGCCACCCAUGUGACGGCGGUGGUGGUGGUAGUUUUCCAGUAUUUUCCAACAGGCGGCCCAGAGUGUGUGACGUCGGUACCCCAAGAAACAACAGUUGGAUGCUUUGCUGGUGUUUAAUAGCUGCACAAAUAUUUAUUGCCAAUAUAGGCUGUUCGGCUCAGCCGAUCGGCAAUGACAUAGCAUACCGGCAGACAAAUACUAUAAACGUGCCCCACGUCCGAGAAAUGGAUGUGCAACUCUCUGGCGAAGACUUUGAAGAAAAUGUCAAUCAAGCAACACCGCAAAAUCAAGGACGUCGCCAGUAUGCAUCGCUUCCAGACAUUAAUAAAGAAGUAGUGGAGCGUCUUAUUAAACAAUGGGCUCCAGUUGUGUGGUUGGCACCGGAAGAGAAAUUUAUGCCACUGGGAGUAGAGGAAUUUUUGGCACAUGUUCAUCCCGAAAAUAAAGAUGCGAAAUUUACACCUGGCGUGCCCUUCGGAGAUAAUUCGGAGAAAUCGUAUUUGGUAACCAAUGCGGAGAUAGAUCAGCUAUUGGAAAAUGAAACGUCAUUUAUUUAUGGACGCAACCCUAACGUAUCACCUGUGCCUAUAUAUGCUGUAGUUACACUAUGUAGUACUGAACAACCCUUGCCCUUGCCACAAGGUCACCGUGAGCAUUCGGCAAAUACCGCAAUCAUACAUCGUCCGCAAUCCAUACAAAUGCAGAAUUAUCCCCAGCCUCAGGUUCAAAUUGCUCCAGUUAUGGAACACAGAUUUAUGGUUCCACAACUUGAAUUAACAAAGGCUACGAGAGGGCCUUAUAUCCCGGUAACCUUGGAUCCACAAGAUCAACUGAAUAAUACUGUAAGACGCUCUUCCCGUCUAUAUCCAGGAUUUCAAAGAGUGAAACGAGACAUGAACCAACCAUAUGCUCAAAAUAUACCAACGCCACCACCUCGUCUACCAUAUGCUCCAUUUGAGUUGGUGAUGGGAGAAAGUGCUCCGGCAUCCGAAAUGAUAAUACCAACGAGUGGACCCAUGCCCGUUGAUAGCACGGAACCUGAGGCGGGCGAAAAUGAACACACCAAAAAUUUCAUUGCCAAUCUGUCGGAUAAUGUCAAAUUCAGCAUACCUAACAACGAGCAGGAGAAUUUUUUGACCAACGAAAAUGCGAAACAAACAUUCACUUAUAAAGAAGGUACUCCGAUUCCAUCGUUUCACGUGACUUACUGGAUGUUUUAUCCCUAUAGCCAGGGCAAGAAUAUGUGCACUCUAAAAUUGGGGCCAUUUGGUCGGAUACCCUUCCCUGCUGUAUAUGGAUACUGUUUGGGGCGAAAAAAGGAUAUCGGAAGUCAUAUUGGCGAUUGGGAACACAUGACUUUAUACUUUACAGGCGCCGCAGAACCUGAAGCUAUGUAUGUGUCCGCCCAUGAUGCGGGAGCUUUUUACACAUACAAUCACCUAACCGGCUCUUUCGAAUUCAAACGACAAGAAACUAGGAAAGGCAUAUUGCAGAGACCAAAUUUUCCAAAAACGGUUACAACCUUCAACGACCAUCCGGUACUUUUUGCAGCAAAGGGCUCGCAUGGUCUGUGGACAGCACCCGGAAAACAUCGAUUCGUUAAAGUGGCUCGACUAUACGAUAUAAAUGGAUUUGGAACUCCAUGGAACACUUGGAAGAGUGUUACAAUAACAUAUGAAAAUCUAAAGUCAUAUGGACGAUCGUUGGCUCCCACUUGGCUUUCGUUCAAAGGCAAGUGGGGCAAUCCAAAGAGUAAGUGUCAUCCUCUAAGGCGUAUUGGACUGAAUUUUUGCGAAUUCACAGAUGGGCCCACCGGCAUACCUUUAAAAGAACCACACUUUCAGUGUGGCCAAUCCUAUAGACGAUAAGGAAAAGCGGCGCGCAAUGGGCUCAUCUGCAGUAUUCUAUGUUUUGUAUUACAUUUUUGUUGUAUUUAUUUGUUAAUUACGAUAGCUUAUCCAUGUCAUAAAUCGAUUUUGGAAAAGUUGCCAAAAUAAAAAUGUUACUGAGUAGAUUUUAA